UAUAAAACUCCUUUUUUGAUUAUUAAAAAAAAAUUGUAAUUUAUUUGUCUGUUUUUUAAAUAUAAUUUAUUUCUCUAAAUAAAUUAUUUAUUUUAUAAAAUAUAUUAAUUACUUCGUUAUAAUUUUUUCUUUAAAUUAUAUUUUUUAUUUUCUAAAAUGUCGAGGAGAUCAAAUAGAACAAUGAAAUGUGGUAGCCAUGAUGUAUCACCACCCAAGAAAGCUAAAGUUGAUACGAUAUUUAGUGAUGAUCAUGACGAUGAUGAUGAAAAUUUAACAUAUGAACAACUCAGAGAAAAAAGAAUGAAAGAAAAUAUAGACAUGUUUGAAGUAAUGGGAGUAAAUCAAGCUGCAAUAGCAUUAGCCAGUAGUCUUCAUAAAGUAAAACCAUUGAAACCAAUAAAAAUUGUUAAAAAAAUUACUUUUUCUAAACCUUUAUAUGGAACAACACCGACUAGACGUUCAAUGAGGUUAGCUAACAUAGCACCUUUAGAUACAACUGAUGAUGAACAAAAUAUGGGAAAAAAAGCAAAUGACUCAACAGAUAUUAACAAUGAUGACUUAAAUGAUGAUACAGUUAAUCAAAUAUCAGAAGAAGAUGCAGAUUUCUUUGAAAAGCUUGACAAAGAUUUAGUAGUUAAAGAUCCUGUCAAUGAUUUUCAUCUAUGUAAUUUUGAUAGAUUCUCUGAAGUAUUAAAAAGCCUUUCGAUUAAUGAAACUCCAGUAAAAGUUAUCACAAGUCGUAUUUAUUCUAUAGCAGUUCAUCCUUCAGAAAGUUCACUUUUUAUUGCUGCUGGUGACCAAAAAGGAAAUAUAAGUUUAUACAACCAAAAACAAGAUGAUUUGCGUGAAUAUAAAGUACAACAUGGACCUGUAAAUUGUCUUUCAUUUUGUUCGUGGGAUUCUUAUAAAUUAUACUCAACUAGUCAUGACGGUUCAGUGAGAUGUGGUGAUAUUGUUAAACGUACUUUUGACACUAUUUAUACAUCAGACUUAUGGGAAGAAUAUUCCAAAGAUUCUCAUGCAUUAUGGCAUUCUGAAUAUGAAAGAAAUCUACUUAUUGGUGCUGGUUGUGGUAAUGUAGACCUAAUAGAUACACGUACACCAAUGAAAAUUCAAAGUUCUAGUAAAUGUCAUCAAAAAUCUGUGCGCACUGUUCAAUCUCAUCCUUUGGAAAAACAUUACUUUUUAACUUCAUCUGGAAUAGGAGAAGCAUGCUUAUGGGAUGUUAGAAAAAUGACUACUACAAAAAUUGAUCCUGUUUUGCAUUUUGAACAUCCUAAAGCAUUAACAAGUGCAUUUUUUUCUGCAACAGGAGUGAAUAUGGUUACAACUAGUAAUGAUAAUAAUUUAAGGAUUUUUGAUACUAGUCAACUUACUACUGCAAAUAAAGCCACUCAUAUUAUUCCUCAUAAUAAUCAUACAGGACGAUGGCUAUCUGUAUUUAAAGCAAAAUGGCAACCUGGUAGAGAUGAUUCCUUUUUUGUUGGCUCAAUGUUAAUGCCAAAAAGAAUUCAAGUUUAUGAUUUCAAGGGGAAAUUAUUGCAUACAUUAAUUUCAGAAGAUUAUUUGACGACUUAUGUUCCAGUCAUUGAAGUACAUCCUUCUCAGGCAAUUUAUGUUGGAGGAAAUGCCUCUGGACGUUUACAUAUAUUUAACACAGAAAACCAAUUACAAUGAUAAAUAGUAAUUUUUCUUUAAAUAUCUAAUUUUACUUACUGAUAAGCUUUAUUCUUAUGUAAAUAGAUUUUUUUUUUUAUAAAUAAUUUUAUUUUUCAUAUGUUUUUAUAAUUCUAAAUAAGUUCUGUAGUAUAAGUUAUACAUUUAGUUCUAUUGAUACUAAAUUUAUUUUAAAAACUUUUUUUUUAUAAUUAGAUACAAUUAUUAUUAU